UCUUUUUCUUACAACCCAUUGACAAUCCGUUUGCUUUUUCUACAUUCCUUCCGUAUUUCAGAAUACAAAAGAAAUAAAUUUAUAUUCACUCCUUUCGGCCCACCACUUAAGCCAGAUCUUUCAAGAUGCUGCCCACCAAUCAGAGCCUAUCGACCUUCGUUCGACUGGCAGUCCGCCAAGCUGCGUUCCGGAUGACUGGAAGGACCGCCUUCUCUACGACCCGUCCCCAGGCAGUUAAGGAGCUCAACAAGGACGUUGAAUGCCUGUGCCGCCAGCGGGACGAGCCCAAUCCCGAGUACCACCACGCCCCGCGGUGCUUUGUGAAGAACUUCCAGAAGUACCAGCAGAAGGACCGCGGCGAGGAGGUCCAGGCGAUCCGCUUCCGGAAUCCACGCUACCGCUGGGCAGACUUCCGCCGGCGAAUGGUCUACGGAACCUACGAUGUCUAGAUGUCUGGACCGGAUUCGAUGGAUCUCUCCAUGGGGGCGAGAAGUGCAGCAAGCGUCGAAAGCUAUUUCAAAUUGGGCUACAGUACGGGUGUUCUUUGCCACGUUGCAACUUAACAACUCAUCGCAAAGCAUCCGAGCUCGCCUUGUUUAGAUACAUUCUGCGUUAUCUAUCCAGUAUUCAGGCCUCAAAAGCCAAGUCCAGUAUUGCCUUCGCUACACACUACACAGCACCCGAACUCAUGUGGCCAAAAGUACGGAUCGAUCCAGCCGACCGCUCAAAUUUCCAAAAUUUUUCACCCAGAAAUAUGUAAUAAACACAGUAACAGUUUCAUUUACCAGUA